GCAGCCCCGGGCGCGUGGGCAGAGGCGGCAGCGGCGCGAGGGCUGUGCGGAGGGGCUGCGCGGUGCGGUGCGGUGCGGCGCGCCCAGCGACCCUCGCCGCCUCCCGCCGGGCCGGAGAUGCUCCCGCCCGCGGCGGCCGCUUUCGCCGACGAUGUGCUGCGCGUCUUCGGGGCCAACCGCAGCCUGUCGGCCGGGCAGCUCUCGGCGCUGCUGCGCCAGCUGGGCGCCGCGCCGCCGCUGCCCCACCCGCACCACAACCAGUGCUUGACUGGUGAGGAAAUCUUUUCUCUGCAUGGGCUACCGAACAACAGUCAAGUAUCAAUUUCAAGUUUCUCCACAAUAUGUCCUGCUAUUUUGCAGCAGCUCAUUUUUCACCCAUGUGAUCAUCAGGAAGACUUUGUGGACACAUCUAAACCACAGUCUUUACAAGUUUGGGGAUUUGGGUUCCUGGCCGUGACUCUGAUUAACUUGGCAUCGCUUCUGGGAUUGAUUUUAACUCCCCUCUUAAAGAAGUCAUAUUUCCCCAAGAUUUUAACCUACUUUGUGGGCUUGGCCAUUGGUACUCUCUUUUCUAAUGCCAUUUUCCAGCUUAUUCCAGAGGCGUUUGGGUUUGACCCCAAAGUAGAUAACUACAUUGAGAAAGCGGUUGCAGUGUUUGGUGGAUUCUAUAUUCUCUUCUUUGUGGAAAGAAUUCUUAAAGUGAUAUUGAAGAUCUAUAAUCAGACUGGCCACAGUGACUUUGAAAAUGGUGAACAGAAUCAUCCGCAGGAUAAGACUAGUCCACCCAAACCACCGGCAUCCAGCAAUGGGGUGAUGUGUUACGCAAAUUCAGCUGUCAUAGAGAGCAAUGGAAAUCUUGGUUUUGACAGCAUUAGUGUGGUCUCAGCGCAGGAAGAAGAAACCCAAGGCAGCUUGUGUAAAUGUCUCAGUGAGCGUCCCCUGUCAAAGAUUGGAACCAUUGCUUGGAUGAUAACACUGAGUGAUGCCGUACAUAAUUUCAUAGAUGGUUUGGCUAUUGGUGCUUCUUUCACUUUGUCUCUGUUUCAAGGACUUAGUACCUCCAUAGCCAUCUUAUGUGAAGAGUUUCCUCAUGAACUGGGGGAUUUUGUCAUCUUGCUUAAUGCAGGAAUGAGUACUCGGCAGGCUCUGUUUUUCAACUUUCUGUCUGCCUGCUCCUGUUACAUUGGGAUGGCUUUUGGUAUAUUAGUAGGCAACAACUUUGCUCCUAACAUCAUCUUUGCCGUAGCUGGUGGAAUGUUCCUGUACAUCUCUCUGGCAGAUAUGUUCCCGGAGAUGAAUGAUAUGCUGAGAGAGAAAGUGACAGGAAGAAAGAUGGAUCUCACAUUCUUCCUUAUUCAGAAUGCUGGUUUACUAACGGGGUUUGCUGCUAUACUGAUGAUUACAUUGUAUGCAGGAAAUAUUCAGCUGUAAUAAUGCAAGUGAAAAUGGAAUCAAUACUGAAGACAUCAAGCAAAUUACAAAUGGAAGACACUUGAAAUCCGUAAAGGGACAUUCAUUUAAUCUACUCAGUUCUGAAACAAUGACAAGUUUUUCCCCCACCCCUACAAAUCACAGGAAGUUAAUUUUUCUUUGGAACUUGCAGUCAAUGCCAAUAGCAUGAGCUGUCAGCUUCUGUACUUUACCAAAGAACUGAUUCACAUAUUUAUAUUUCUACUUAAAAUCAUCAGACAUACCUGAACCGUGACAGAGAAAAGAUGCCACUUGGCCAGUAGGAUAAUGCAAUACAUGCAACCCCUGCAUAUGCAUGUCAUGCAACUCUGACCAAAUGAAAGCUGAGGUCUUCCAGGAAGAUACUUGCUCAAAAGGAAGUAAUGAAGUUCCAUAUCUUUUUUUUUUCUUUCUUUCUUUUUUUUCUUUCUUUCUUUCUUUUUUUUUUUUCUCUUAGCUGUCAUGAAAGCAAGCAGUUUUAAAGCUGAUUAAUUUUCAUGAAUUCUGUUGCAGGGUUUGUCUGUGUAACAUCCACUUCCCCCAUGAAAAAAUAUCAAACUAUUUCAGAAUGGGUACUAAUGAAGCUAAGAUUUUUAAUUACUAAUUAACACUGGAAGGAAAGAUACCAGUUACUGCUUUUCAUCUUUUUUUCUUUAUAUGUGCACUAGGGGAUUGUUGAUUUAUUUUCAGAACCACUUUUUUUUAAUUAGGAGGAACUUGCGUUAAAUUUAUGACAACUUAUCAACUGCAUAAUAUUUUAGAAACAUUGAGUAUUUUAAAUUUUUUUGAACAUUUUGUAUUUUUAUGAAAAUAGUCUUAUUUUUAACUUCCACAGAUACUCCUUUUAAAAAUCAGUAUUCUGGGUUAAAAUUUUGAGAGGGUUUAUUGUUAAUUUUACAAAGUGGAUCUUAGAAAAAACUUGUUAAAAUCAACAUUCUAGUAAGCUGUUUUGUAAUUUGAAUAAUUUUCUUCUAUGCAGUUGGGUGAAAGUAAGUGUUACAAAAAUAUAGAAACUUUUAUCAGAAUCUAUUGCAUUUGAACUUUCUAAAAUCAUGUUUAUAUGUAUGAGUUCUUGUGAAAUAAAUAAUUCAGCUAC